UAGAGAUAAUUGUAUUUUAGUAAAUAAGAAAUCUGUUCAACUUAUAUUAUUAUUCAGUGUAUUUACACCCACAAAGUAUGAUUCCUUCUAUUUCUUACAGAAAUGAAUUGUAUAUCAUAGCUUUCUAUAAACUGACAGGACUGAAAUCUACACGUCCCGUUUAUUGACUGGACGAAACUUUCAGCAUCGUUACAAAAAUACCGGACUGCACGAAAUAAUCAUGAUGAUGUUAGACUCAAAUUCCCAUAGAAGACGAUUCGGAAGUUUCUUUUAUCUAACGUACUGAUGUACAUUAGCAAUAGCCUAGUUAAAUAGGCUUACUUUUUACGAUCAGUUUAUCAAUUUGUUUAAAGAAAGAUAAAGAUAUAAACAAUAAAAUGUUUUCUUUGAUGAUUUAUGUGAGUUAUGAAGGUAGCUAUCAUUGCAAUAAAAAUAACUUAACACCAUAACGCAAGUUAUGUAUUUUUUCACAAAAGAAAGCAUUUUAUUGUUUAAAUAUCGCUAAGUUCCAUCUUUGUAACCAAAUUUUAUGAAUAAAUUAAUGGAUUAAAAAAUGAAAUAAAACACAUUUAAUUAUUUUUUGUUUGAUUUAUUUUAUGUUUCUGUCCAAUCUGUCCUUGUAAUGUCAAGAAAUAAGUACAUGAAAACAAACGGGAAUAAGUGAACCACGCACAGACAUUUCACCCUGGCCAUGUGACUAUCAUGUGACCAUAGAUAUUAAUGAAUAAAAGAGGGUUGGUUUUUAGAUAAAAACGUAGAAUUUGUUCCACAAGUACUCUAGGAGUAACUAUGAUAUUAAUAAAUAAUACUUUUUCGUUUUUCUUAAUUUUAAAUGUGUAUUUUUUUCAAUGUGAGAAAAUUCACUUGGAGAAAAUAUCUUCCCUGUAUAUUCCAUCUUCGUACACAUCGACUGGGUCGCCGGUUUAUUCUUUAGAAGGGGGAGCUGCCGAGCAGUCGGCGUACGAUGCUCAGGAAAAACUUGUAUACAUCGUUGGGGCAGCUAAGAUUAACGUUAUCGACAUAUCCCAAGUUGAUAACCCUAGAAUUGUGUUCCACGAAUACAUGGGCGACUUUGACCCGACAGACGUGGAAUUCUGUGGAGACCAUGUCUUUGUUUCGCUAGACAAUAAUCAAGACAGGGAGAAAGGGAGACUUGUGGUUUUCAAAAAAUAUGACACAAAGGCUAAUACCAUGGAAUCCGUUCUUAAUAUUACAGUUGGUCCUCUUCCUGACAUGAUUCUACCGACCUCAGACUGUAGGACUGUUUUGAUAGCCCUAGAGGCCGAGGCGUUUGCAAGGAAUGGUACUUUGGUCGACCCUGAAGGUGGUGUGGGUCUUCUCAAGUUCCAAAGUACAAAUAUCUCAACUACUAGCUACUUGUACAAACGACUAAAUUUUCACAACUUUGACAAUAGGUGGAACGAACUUUCUAAAUCUGGGGUUCGCUUUGUCAAUAAGGGCCACGGCAAUACAUUUUCGCAGGAUGUAGAACCCGAAUAUAUAUCUUAUAGUACAGAUGAAAGAAAAGCAUAUAUUUGUCUUCAGGAAAACAAUGCUAUCGCCGUGGUUGAUUUACAGACAGAAAACAUUACAUCCAUUCAUGGCCUUGGGUUCAAAGACUGGAGCCAGCUACGUAUGGAUCCCAGUGACAAAGAUGGGGGAGUUCAUUUACAAGGCUGGCCUGUGUACGGAAUGUUUCAACCAGAUUCAAUUCAUGUGGUGCACGUUGGUCACGAAGAAUACAUUAUCACAGCAAAUGAAGGGGACAUCAAGGAUUACUCAGAACUUCCGCUUCCUGCAACUGGAUUUUCCGAAGGGAUACGUGUCCACGAUCUCACUCUUUCUGCCAACUCGGAGGUUCUUAGAUGGGCAGCUGCCAGAAACAUAUCAGAUAUCAAGAAAAAUUCGUUAUUAGGUAGACUAACAGUCACAACAGAAAAUGGAAAGCUUGCAGAUGGGACAUACGACAAACUGUACACGUUUGGUGGUCGAAGCUUCUCUGUUAUAAGAACAGACACGAUGACGCGUGUUUACGAUAGCGGAAGUGACAUCGAGGACACCCAUGGGCGAUUGCGACCCGAAAUAUUCAAUGCUGACAUUAAGAUUAACCAUAUCAUUCACGAAACUGCAGACCAUCGUUCAGAUAACAAGGGUCCAGAGACAGAGAGCUCAGCUGUCAUUCAUGACGGAAACAAAGUAGUAGUUUUCAUCGGAAACGAAAGACCUGGCUCUAUCAGCAUAUACUCAUUUCAUGGAGACAUGACUAGAGCCACGUUUGAAAGUAUUUAUUGGGAUAUUCCCAACACAGCAGAAACUUGGCAACAAUCCUUUGAUCAAAGAUCUAUUACUGCCAUUGAUCCAGAGGACAUAAGAUUCGUGGCGGCACAGGACAGUCCAAAUGGUCAGCCAUUAUUGAUUGUAGCUGGGGCAGUUAGUGGGACACUUACCCUGCUAAGAGUCAAUGGACUACACCAUACUGCACCAUUGUCAAGUGUUGUAGGAUAAAGAGAUCAAUCACAUCAAAAAAUGCGGAUGCGGACAUCGCUUGAAUACACUUUUAAGGUUAUUCCAAACGAUCAUUUUCUCCUCUUCAAACAAAACAUGUAUGGUGUGAUGGAUAAUUCCAAUGUUAUCAACUGGCUCAUCAACGGCAAAAUCACGUCUAGUUCCAACAUUCUGACAAAGAAUAAUGAACAAAUGAAAUGUCUAUUUAUUGUUAUUGUAAUGUAACAUUAUCAUUUAGAUCAGUUAGUGAUAAAUUGUAUGAUUUGUGUUGAUCCUUUUGAUAAGAACAAUUAAAACAAUGAAAUAAAA